AUGAUUUCUUCGUUGUUUCUGGUGGGCUCGAGUCUCUUGCCAGCAAUUUUGGCGAAGGCGCUUCCCUGGACACCAGCAGUUCAAACGUCUAUUGCUAACAACCGAGCACCGGUGCAAGGAGGGUGGAGUCCCAGUCCAACAGCAGCUCCGAACAAUGCGCUGAAGGUGUUGGAUCUAUUGAAACGUCAAACAACUGCGAAUAACACUUGCGGAUACUACAAUGGCAUUCAAUCGGAACCUUAUACUUGUUCUGGAGCAGGCUACUGUGCCCAUAAUUCAUAUUCUGCUGUUGGAUGCUGUACCGGAGAUAUCAAUUCUUGCGAUAUAUUCACCGCUUGCAUUGACUACUCCUCGUCCUCGGCACUCUGUGCUCUAGCAGACGGGUUAACGGGGUGCUGCAAUGAUUCGAAUUUCCCUUAUUGUGCAACUUUUCUCUGGAAUAACCCUCAAAGAAGCAUGUAUCGCUGCGUAACGUCUCAGGCAUUUUAUCUCAUGUCCGACUACCCAGUAACUGGCACUACUUCAAUGACUGCCGCAUCUUCUGUCACUCUGUCUCGAAGUGUCGCCUCAGUAGCGAGCAGUAUCCAAAGUGGAGAUGAUGCUCAGGUUGUAAGCAGCACUUCUCGAAGCUCAGUGACCUCAGCAAGUGCACGUAGUUCAGUAACCUCCGCAGGUUCACGUAGCUCAGCAUCUUCAUCGUCACUAGCAACUCCAUUUGCAACUACAACGACCCAAAAUAAAUCUGGAGCUCCACUAGGAGCUAUUAUCGGUGGAGCUGUGGGCGGCGUUGCAGUAAUUGCGCUAUUAAUUUUUGCCAUCGUUUUCUUCGUCAGAAGGAAGAAAUCAAAGCCUUCAACACCACAGCCUCCACCCCAAGUCUCAACAACCCUCCCUAAUAACCCAUAUCAAGGGCCACCGCCAAAUUCACCUCCGCCAUUCUAUGAGAAUCGUACCAGUAUUGCAAAACCGGCUUAUCCUGUACAACAAACAACUGAAUUGGCAAAUACUGCGUAUAUUCCUCCUGCUAUACCCGAGUAUUAUCAGCCACCGAAGGAUGAUGCCCCUGUAUCACCCAGCAGCAAUACACAGAGAUUUUCAAAUAGUCAAAUAUAUAGCGAUCCAGGCCAUCAGUACUCCGAGCUGGAUGCAACUGCUCCGAGUCCGUUGAAUGGGAAUAGAGUGGAGUUAGGUAGUGAGCCGGGGAAACCAAGUCAUGGAACAGAAAUCAGUCCUACAAGAUGAUUAGAAUGUUCGAAUUAUACUGAUGGUUUCGAUCAAGAUUCUUCGAGAAGAUUUUGGCCAUUUAUCAGAUUCUUGAGAUGUUCAUGAAGAGCAUUUCGUUUGGCGUGAGAGAUGGAAAUGGCGUACAUUAUAAGACAUUCCGGUUUGCUCAUUAAGCUUUGUGAAAGAUAUCUAAUAUAGUGUACAUACAUAAAUUAAUGUUCGACUUCAGCUUUUUGGUAGUUUAUUAGGUAUACUUUGGUGGUUCGUCAUAAUGAUGUGGUUUAUAUGUGAAAACUUGCCUGAAACGGGGCUCCGAUCGUAGUAUAUAAGAAUCGAUUCAAUCCCUCUUAUGAUACGGACGACGAAAACAUAUUGAUUUGAAGUUGUAAUAACUGGAAGGCGUUGAAUCGGCAUCUUAUAGAGUAUCUUCCAUCAUAUUGAACAAUU